GUGGUGUUCCUUGAAAAAACAUUCGGCAAAAUUGCAACGGAAAGUUGUUCUGACUGGGCAAUGAACCAGUUGCAGGGAAAAAAUGUUUCCAGCAUCCUUUAAACAUAUAAAAGUCGAACGAUGAAAUCCAAACAGUAUCAUUCAGCUUCAUUCACUGCUAGGAUCAUUCAAUUCUCAAUCAUAAUGUACAAGAUCGCUCUCCUCGUUCUGGCUCUGGUUGGUGCCAUUGCUGCCCAGCAACAUCACUACGAGCAGCAUCAUCAUGAGGAGGAACACCACGGACCAGUUCACUAUGAGUAUCAUUACGACAUCCAUGACGAUCACACCGGAGAUGUGCAUGGCCAGAAGGAGGAACGCAAGGAUCAUCAGACCCAGGGCGAAUACUAUCUGAUUGAUGCCGAUGGCCACAAGCGUACCGUGACCUAUCAUGUGGAUGGCAAGAGCGGAUUCAUCGCUCAGGUUCACCGGGAACCGAUCAAGGGAUAUCAGCAGCCUCAGGAACAUCAUCAUCAUCAGACUCAUAAGGUCGUGGCUGUUCCAGUUCACCAUGGCUAUCAUCAUUAGAAAAAAUAAUUCCAAUUAGUCGAUAGUUAGCACAAUUUUACCUGUCAAUAAAAGUGAUAAAUUCAAUUGA